UUUGUGGCAGCUUUCCAUGCUUCAGGAGGAAGAAGGCCAUGUGUGGGCAUAACUGACUGGGCCUUCUUAUAUAAGCAAAGGACACUCCUACUCAGAGUGAGACAGCAAUUGCAUAUGCAGAGGACAGAACAUCAGUGAAUUGUUUGAUGCUGAACUGAAAAAGGAGGAAGGCCCAGCAAUUGCAGGCGACAAGCAGCGCUUUGGAGACUGGUAUUUUUGGACUAAUCAUGGAGCCUGAUUUCAGAUACCCCCAGGUUUACACUGUGGGCAGUAAUCUGAGCCCUGAUUAUUGCUCGACAGUUUCUGCGCUUCCAGUAAUGGUGCCAACAAUGAAGAAAAGGACAACUGAGUGGCAAAAAGCAUGCACUGUUGUGAUUCUGAUCCUAGCACUCUUAAUAUUGGCAGGCAUGGCAUUUGGCAGCUUCUAUUUGUUUCAACUCCAUCAGAAACUCAACAAACUAAAACAGGAUCAGGACAGUGAAGGUCAACCAGAAAAGAUUAUCGGAUCAGCAGAGACCAGUCAAUCAACAGAGAUUGUUGCACAUGUUACAGGAAUGAACGUCAUUAGGAAUUCCAAUACACUUGUGUGGGAUGCUGAGAAGGGUCUUGCCUUGACCAAAGGAGUAAGCUACGAUGCAGGAGCAUUGGUCAUCAAUGAAGCUGGAAACUACUUAAUUUACUCCAAAGUGUUCUUCCGUGGGCAGGAGUGCAAAUCGGACAUUUCUCUGGAACAUACUGUGUUUAAACGAACAAAGCUCUAUCCUAAAGAUAUUCAUCUCAUGGUAAACAGCAAUGGCAACAGUUGUCCUGACAAUCGUGCACAAUGGACAAGAAGUAGCUUUCAAUCAGGAAUUUUUAACUUGAAACAAAAUGAUCACAUAUAUGUCAAUGUCUCAGAUCCCAAAUUUGUAAGCUUUGAUCAGUUUAACACAUAUUUUGGAUUACAUAAGCUUUAAUUUGCAUUUUGAAAUGCAUGUUUUCUUUUAGUCUGGCUCUCGGACCUAGGCAUCCAAGUAGGCUUGUAAUUUAUUCUCUACAUUAGAGAAGUACCUGGGAAAGAAUAAUUUAAUGUCAUGCCAUAACCAAGCCUGUAGUGGAACUGUCUGAAUAUAUAUUGAAAU